AUGUCAAAGCCUAGUCAGAUUUUAACUCAAAAUCUAGGCUCUUUACCUUAAUCUAAUCUUACAUCUCCACUACCUAGAUAAUUUUAGAACAAAGAUUCUAGGACAUCAUCUCCAAGAUUAAAGCAAGCUAGAGGGAUCAUGAACAGUUUGAGAAUUUAAAAUCCUUAAAUCUUCACAGAUCUAAUAAAAAGUCAAUUUGAUGGAGAACUGCCAAGUCCAACAAAACUCCUAAAAUUUGCAUCUGCUUAGCCAUAAUUGAUGUAAUCACUUAAUGACCUAAAAUAAAAAAGUGGAUCAUCAUCUCCAAAGAAUUAGCAAUAUAACAGCAUAAAAAAGAAUAAUACCAAAUAACUUGCCAUGAAAAAACAAGAAGAAAAAAAUAUUUAAAGAUUUUUACUGAGAAGACAUUCAAGAUAAGUAGCUGGAGAUCCUGUGACUUAAGUCGUAAAUACACUACAAGAGGUAAAGAGAAGAGAGAGCAAACUGGAAAAUAAUCCCAGUUUAAAAUUCAAGUUUAAUUAGCAUACAGGCGACUAGUACAUUCUUAAAAUAGAAAAACAGAAUAAAAAAUUCACCAAAAAGAAAGUAAAGGAACCAGAUAUUAGGCCUCCUUCUAGCCAGCUAAUUGAAGAGCAUUUCUUAGAUAAAUAAGUCUAGAAAAAAAGAGAUCUAAGAGGCAAACUCUUAGGUUGUGUAAAAUAGGCCGGAAGAGAAAAAGAUAUAUCUAUAAGCUCUUCUUCAGAGCCUGAAUCUGACAGGUAGAAAAGCAAGUUUAAAUCAUAAACAAGUCUUGUCACUAAAUAGGGUAGAAUUAAGGAUGAAAAAGUCAGUGAUUUUAUGAAGUAUUUCAGUCCGAAAUAGUUGCAAAAAGACUUCUAAAGGACUGCUUUCGAUUAAGAGUAGAUAUCUCUCACCAAAAAUGGCAAGAAAAAUCCAAGAAUAGGAACAAUGAAAAGUAUUUAGACAGAAAUAUACAUUGAUGAUGAAGAUUCAGAAAGAGAUCAGGAAUUUAGUAGAAACAGAUUUAAAUCUAAUUUGAAAUUGGUUGGUGGUGACUAUAACUCUACAAAUCAUGAAAUGCCCUCAAUAGAUAAGAUGAUAUUUAAAAGCUUAAAGAGAGAGAAAGACAAAGGUGCUGAGCUCAUGAAAUCCUUCAAAAAGUAAUUGUAGGAGUAGAGCAGAUUCUACCCUACACAAACAUAAAAUAUGUCCAAUUUCAAGAAAUACUAUAAUGUAAAAAAUGCUACAGAGAGACUCUCAGUCCCAAAAAUUAAAUCUCAGCCUUAGUUCUUUGGCCUUCCUAAAUUAUCAUCACAAGAUAAUGAAGGAAAGAGUGACUACGACUUUUCAAGUAGACCUCAGACUUAGAUUGAAAUUCACAAGCAAAGAGCUACUUUAAUGUCUAAGAAGAACUCGCUUGUGAAUUCCUCUCAUGUUUUAAAUCAAAUUCAAAACUAAAAGUCUCUAUUUACAGCUACUAAUAAUGCAAAUAUAACUAGUAUUCCUAGAAACUAUUCCUACUCAACACUUCUAAACAUGGAAAAGUAGAAUAAUAAUGCUUAAAGUAAUAUGAAUUAAAGCCAUCAAAGUAAAGGUACCUCUAAUAACACACGUCAAAUAAAUAAUUAGAUCGAUGACCGCCAAUCCUAAACACUUGGUACAAUUAACAUGAUGAUAAAAGAAUUAAGAGGAAUUUAGAAAGCUGAUCUUUAAGAUGAAAAAAUACCCAAAUAUUAUAAGAAACUAGAUCAAGAGAUUGAAAAUCUUGUUUCGAGAAAUGAAAAACUAAUUCAGCAAAGUUAAAGUGACACAAUUAGAUUACUAUAAAAUGAAAGAAGCAAGAAAGUUUAGAUUAAAACUUAGGAACCAGUAAAGAUUAAGAAGGAGAAAAGUCAAAAUUCAAGAAAGGCCCACCAUGCAAGAGAUUUGGCCAAUAUUGAUAUAAUGGUACUACCAAUGGAUAAUUGA